ACACCCUUCAAGGCAAGCGCUAGCUUUCAUGAGCAAUUCUUGGCAUAAAGUCAAACGACCAGCAAAGCAAACACUUCUCUCCCCAAAAGAGAACGAAUCGACGCUAGAUGUCGCUGAAAAGACAAUGUCAACAAGUGAAGGCGGAAGAAAGCGACAGCCGUUGAUGGCGGUUAAACAGAAUGCCAAUCGACAGCCUCUACGAUUACAACGACCAAAGCCUUUGGUCCUGAAGCAAAGCAUGCUUAUAUGACCACAAUACCCGAGAAGCGAAAUCGACGCCAACAAGACGGCUCAAUACUUACGACGGUUAGUGCCAACUCGGUACGAAAGACCGUUGACCGAAAAGCCUUGGUUCACAGAUUACAAGAAAAACCAUCGAGUCAAAGACGGAAGGCUGAAGACGCGAAAUUGGCGAUUGGACGAGACGACGAUAGCCAAGACCUAGAUGGCGGGGUACGCCAAGUGCGUAGGAAAGCCAGCGAGAAUACGACACAGCCAUUAUGCGAUUCUAAAAUCGAAGUUGUAUCGAAACAAGAUAAAUUUCGGCCAAAGGAGGAAGAGGCGAUGCUGCCUCGUAUAAAAUGCCCAUCAUCAAAAACGUCUUAUGUAGACCAUGAGGACGGCACACCUUGCAACACAUCAACCACAUAUUUACGCGGUGAAUUUGAACCACUUAAAGAUAUACGACCUACCACAGGCAAGUCGAAGAAAUCAGAAGGCGAACAGAACAGAAAAGCCGAAAUGCAAGAAGAACAGCUGCAUUCGAAGCAAACUGCAAAUAACAUCGUUUCUGAGCUUUUGGAAGACGAAGCAGCAUCUCCAUUUUCUUCGCCUCAACAGCGGGUAGUUGCUUCAGUUGAAUCAUCUCAAUUGCUUUCUAGUUCGCCAUCUAUCGAUGAGCCUCCUACUUCGAGCACAGACUUGCUGUCGCCAGAUGUACAAUACGAAGUUCAUACUAUAUACCCCAAUCCAACUGGCAAGUCUCUUACAGAAAAACUUGGAAUAGUGAAAAACCCCAACGCUCAAAUCAGCUGCAUUGCUACUAAUGCCGACGACCCGUCGACUAAUGCAAGUGGUAUAAGCACCCCCUCACAAGCUCGCAGUGCUACUAUUCCACUUUCUUUAGAAUUAAGCGAAUAUGAUAUGAUUACUGCAUUCCCAAAUCCAACCGGCAAAACUUUGCUGGAGAAGUUAGCUCUUGCUGCUCAGGAAUCACAACACGCGUUGCAUGCGUAUAGUACUAAAGACGCCGAUGAUAUUCCGUCCUCGCCAUCGUAUUGAACUUGGGCUGUAGCCAUUCAUUUGUAUAUAUUUCAUCCUUUCGCUCUAGUGGCCAUUUCGCCUUUGAUCACACACUGCAAUACCUAUAGUAGCUUAUUUGUUCCCACUUCAUGUAAUAA